CCUACCAGGGCCCACCAAUCUUUAUUUUCCCUUAUUAAUUCUGGAGGGGGGGGGGAUAAAAUCACCUCCAGAUGCUUUACCUGGUUUUAACUGAGCAAUAAGAUCUUUAACCUGAGCAAUGGACACUGGUGGCCAAUCUGGGAGGUCUUUAUAAGAUGGAAUCACAUCUGAAAUUACAGCAGAUUCCCUUUGAAAGAUGUUAUAGAAAUGAUCCUCCCAUUUAUCUGCAGAUAUUUGUGUGAUAGGACCAAAAUGUCUAUCUAUAAGAGACUGAUUGAUUAAGUGCCAGAAACAAGUGGAGUUCUUUGCUGCUUCACUACCUUCUGGGCGCUGUCCGGAUUUUUGUUAGGAAAUCCAGGUCUGAAAGCUCCAGCUUGUUCUGGUAAGAAACCUCAGUCCAUCGGUGAAGCAAAGCUGGGAUACAGAUCCCUACCCGUGCCUUUCACAUUAACUUGUUCUGCCCAAAUCAGUAGGAGCUUACUGGAACAUGGCAAUAAAGAUGAUCAUCCAUGCCUGGUACCACUACAUCGACCUGCCACUAACAGGACAGGAGGGUAAUCACAAUAAAACCAUGCCAAAAUGAGAGAUGCCAUUUAGCCUGGGUGGAAUUGAGAUGGUGCUAAGAUUAACAAGACAGAUUUUGCACUGAAAAUUGGAAUGUAAGCAAGAAGACAACCCUGCUUCCUGAAACCUGCAGGCAAUCUUCUGCAGUUUACUGGAGGGAAAGGGUAUCUUGAGAUUAAGGAGAAGGACCAGAUAGUGCCUUCUUGAUGUUAAGACAUGAAUAUUUCCUUGCUUGUUUUGUUUGCAGGUAAUUUAGCUACAGCAAUACAUCCAACAAGAAUGGCCAGUGGAACAUCUAAUGAAGCUAACUUAAUCCCAGCCCAGAGGAUUCCCAGUGCUGUUGUUCAAACAUCUGGAGCAAUACCAUAUCUACAGUAUGGGGGUCAGCAAAUUGGAAUUUCCUAUAUUGCUCCUCGAGAAGUCCCCAAAAGGGGUGCUUUGGAGAAAUUCCUCAAUGUAGAGGCCAAAGUGCUUGGGGCCGUCCAAAUCAUGAUUGGGUUGAUCCACAUUGGCAUUGGGGCUGUCUCACUUUGUCUUGCUCCUUCUGGCUACAUUAUCUUGUCUGUAGCUGGAGGUCACCCCUUUUGGGGAGGGAUAUUUUUCAUUUCUUCUGGAUCACUAUGUAUAGCAGCUGAGAAACGUCAAAACCGUACUUUGGUGAAAUGCAGUAUAGGAAUGAAUAUCACAAGUGCUAUAAUGGCAUUAAUUGGUAUCCUGCUGUGCAUAUCAGAGCUCGUCAUACAUGGUAUUACUUCUCAAUAUUACCAUCCAUAUGAGAUCAACUGGAUAAAAAAUGUCGGUACUGGCCUCUCCUGUGUGCUGCUCUUGUUCAACUUGCUGGAAUUUUGUAUCACUGUUCCACUUGCACAUUUUGGGUGCCAGGCAAAUUGCUGUGCUGAUGACCAGGUAAGUUUUGGAUGCUUUGAUAAUAGUUUUACCAGCUCUUAUUGAGAAGUUAAAGAAGAAGAUUACCCAUUUUUCUUCUUACAUUUACACCCCAGCCAACCUUACCUUUUCCUUCUUUCUUUACUAUACCCCUGAACA